AUUAACUUUACGGAUAACUUCGGGCUGUAUCGGAAUAUAUACCGCGCCUUAAUAGGGCUUUAUAUUAUUAACGGCGUAUUUACGAUCUUAGAGCGCAGACGUCGUACUAAUAUCUUUCCUUUAACGAUUAGUCCCUAUAGUAGUAAUCUAGAAGGUGUUAUCGAUGCUAUUAGUUCAUUCUUAGUAUAG